CGAGCAGCUGCCCGCGAACCGCUCGUGGGCGCCGGGGCCGCGGAAGCCGAGCAUCCCGUGCGUCUUCGCCGCUGGACCCCGGUCCCUCUGGUAACUGCGCGGCAGAAGAAGCACAAUGUCUCAGGAAGGCAACUAUGGGAAGUGGACAAUAUCCAGUAGUGAUGAAAGUGAGGAGGAAAAGCCAACACCGGACAAGCCAUCUGCCUCCCUUCUCCCCCACGCUGGACAGGGUGCUGCGCAGGAGCCCCAGUACACAUGCUCUGAGGCCCGGAGAGCCGCCCACCGGCGGAAGCUGUCCCCUGUGAAAUUCAGCCAUGCAGAGUCCAUUUCAGAAGCUUCCCCUCCUAAAAGGCAGAAAAGUGGUUCCCAGGAAGACCUUGGCUGGUGCCUCUCCAGCAGUGAUGAGGAGCUACAGCCAGACAGGCUGCAGGAGCAGGCCAGGAGGGCCGGGAAGGAGGAGCCAGGCCUGGCGGCUCCCAGAGACGGUGCCCAGACAGCAGAGCACAGCCCCCAUGCUAGGCAGGGGGGAGAGGAGCAGGAGGAUGAGUACGAGACUUCAGCGGAGGGCCAGGACAUGUGGGACAUGCUGGAGAAAGGAAACCCCUUUCGAUUCUACCUCACUAGGGUCUCGGGAGUUAAGCCAAAAUACAACUCCGGAGCCCUGCACAUCAAGGAUAUUUUAUCUCCUCUAUUUGGGACACUUGUGUCUUCAGCUCAGUUUAACUACUGCUUCGAUGUGGACUGGCUGAUAAAGCAGUAUCCCCCGGAGUUCAGGAAGACCCCAAUCCUGCUGGUGCACGGUGACAAGCGAGAAGCUAAGGCUCACCUGCACGCCCAGGCCAAGCCCUACGGAAACGUCUCCCUCUGCCAGGCGAAGUUGGAUAUUGCAUUUGGAACACACCACACGAAAAUGAUGCUGCUGCUGUAUGAGGAAGGCCUCCGGGUAGUCAUCCACACCUCCAACCUCAUCCGCGAGGACUGGCACCAGAAAACACAAGGAAUAUGGUUGAGUCCCUUGUACCCACGGAUUGCCGAUGGAACCCACAUAUCCGGAGAAUCAGCAACCCACUUUAAAGCUGAUCUACUCAGCUACUUGAUGGCCUACAAUUCUCCUCCUCUCAAGGAGUGGACAGACAUCAUCCACCAGCACGACCUCUCUGAAACAAAUGUUUACCUCAUUGGAUCAACCCCAGGACGCUUUCAAGGAAGUCAGAAGGAUAAUUGGGGCCAUUUCAGGCUUAGAAAGCUCCUGAAGGAGCAGGCCUCCCGCACGCUGCAGGCUGAGUCCUGGCCGGUGGUGGGUCAGUUCUCCAGCAUUGGCUCCAUGGGGGCUGAUGAAUCAAAAUGGCUGUGCUCUGAGUUCCAAGAGAGCUUGGUGACCAUGGGGAAGGAAGGCCGGGCCCUGGGCAAAAGUGCCGUCCCUCUGCACCUGAUCUAUCCUUCUGUGGAAAAUGUGAGGACCAGCUUAGAAGGCUAUCCAGCCGGCGGUUCUCUUCCCUAUAGCAUCCAGACAGCCGAGAAACAGACCUGGCUCCAUUCCUAUUUUCACAAGUGGUCGGCCGAGACGUCUGGCCGCAGCCACGCCAUGCCGCACAUCAAGACAUACAUGAGGCUCUCCCCAGAUUUCCAGCAGGUUGCUUGGUUCCUUGUCACCAGCUCACCUUUUCAAACUCAGAAACUCCCAGUGGUGGCACAACCAACCCUUCAGCCAGCACCUAAGGAGGAGACAGCACUGAGCGCAAAUCUGUCCAAGGCCGCCUGGGGAGCCUUAGAGAAAAACGGUGCCCAGCUGAUGAUCCGCUCCUACGAGCUGGGGGUCCUCUUCCUUCCGUCGGCAUUUGGCCUGGACAGCUUCAAAGUGAAACAGAAAUUUUUCUCGGGGAGCCAGGAGCCAGCAGCCUCCUUUCCGGUGCCGUACGAUCUGCCCCCGGAACUGUAUGGAAACAAAGACCGGCCGUGGAUUUGGAACAUUCCUUAUGUCAAAGCACCAGAUACACACGGGAACAUGUGGGUUCCCUCCUGAGAACCCAAAAGCACCUGAGAUGUCAGCGGACGACGUGGAGCCACAAACCCCGGGGUCCUGUCUGCAGUGGUGUCACCCUGAGCCUUGUCCGCACCCCCACAAAACUCUGCAAGGUCCAGCUGCUGAACGUGGGUGGUGGCUGUACUGUUCAUGGCCAUUAUUAACGUUCUUCCUUAGGGAAAAAAAGCUAUUUUUUUCUUAAUUCACUUUUUUAUACCUUGGAAUGAAAGCUAUUAAAUGUCACGGUGUUAAACAGACGGGAAUGAUCCUCACUGGGACGUAAAGCAGCGACUGCGCUGCACAGCACCUUUCAGGGGAGAAGCGCAGUGGAGUUUCUUGCUGGCCCCUCAAGUCCCCCAGGGUCUCGCGGUCACCCAGCGGGAGUCCGCAUGGGUCCCUGGCCUCUGGCCUCGCGUCGCCUGCAGCCUGUGCGGACCCGGCCUCCCUGGCAUGUGCCGUCAGCCCCUGCUGCUUCCUCGCAGGCUCCCAGGACAUAUGGGCAUCUUCCGUCUCCGCGGAUGUCCAGGACAGCCCACGGGGUCACACACAGGCACUCGGUAUUUCACUUGGGAGAAACCCUGAAUGCUGACAUUUGGGUCAUGAGUGAGGAAAUGGAGACCCCAAAACGUGGAGGCCCCGAGGUUCCGCUGCUGGCCGGGCCGGAGCAGCCCUCGGCCCUCCUGCUAGGGACUAGCUUCGAGGGUGAUUGUGCCCCCUUCGUUCUGCCUGAGGCUGAUUGACAGUUUUUUUUUAAAUACCUUUUCAGACUGUUGCUAACAAACCUGGGAUUUUCACCCCAGGAACUUUCAGGGGGAGGGGAGGGGAGCUGCAAUGGAAGAGGCCGGGAAAACAUGAUGGGGUCCCCCAUCCUCCCACCCCUCUUUUUUAUAUAUUGGGAUUCUGUAAACGACAGCGACUGGAGGGUUUUUUGGUUGGCUUUUUUGGUUUUUGGAGUUUUUUUAGCCAUCUGCUUUUAAAAAAAGUUGUUGAAAAAAAGGUACUACUUCAUUUAACCAGUUCAUUCCCAAGGUAAGAACUGAGACUUGAGCCUUUUCUAAUCCUGCCUCCUCCUUCCCGGAACAUUCCAACUGUCCAUUGGGUGAGCCCUGUCCCAGGGAGGCAGCAGGAGGGAGCUGGUGGUGGAGACUGAGCCAGUGUCACCCACUGCCGUGGCUCGGGGGUGGACAUUCUCCCCAACAUGGUGGUCCCGUCCUGGGCUCAGCGCUCUGCAGGGGUAACUGGACCCACAGAGCCUGGCUCUCCUGGCCUGGCCAGUCAGCACAUCUGUGGCAAAUGAACACCCUGUGGGGCACACAGGCUGUUGGCUUUGGAUCCACAGAACUGCAAAGUGGGUUGGAACUCAGUCGGAGCCAGGCCACCAGGGUUUGAAUCCCAGCUCCACUAGCUCCUGGCUGUGUGACUAGACUGAGUUAUUUUAGCUUCUCUGCCCCGCGGUUUCCUCAGUUAUAAAAUGGGGUUGGUACCGAGAGUGGAUCCCACUGCGGAAGGUAACAGAGUGUGGGUGAGGGGCAAGGGUGAGGGUGUCUUGUGGGGAGACCAGCACAGGGUCGCACUGACACCCUCAGAGUUGAUGGAUUUAGAUCAUCCUCGUAUUCCUAAUAAGGAAUCUGGACUCAAAAAGGUGAAGUUAGGCUUCCAGAAAUUGCUCUCACCAGAACUGGAAUCCAGGUCUGGCAGCCUCCAGAGCCUGCCCUGCCAGGUAGCCUGGGCAUUGUGGGUGGUAUUGGCCGAGGUGUACACACAUUUCGCAGAAUGCAGCCAGGGUUGUCAGUGAUGUCACAGGACUGUCCGAUUGCUGUGGGACUUCUAAAUACUUGCUCUCACUUUGCUCAUCGCAGACCAACCCUGGUCCUUGGUCCUCUAGAUCCAGUGCAAAGCAGAAAGGCCCAUCUGGAAGCAGACAACAGAAUGUCCUGGGUAGGCACAUGGGUGACAUUAGAAGAAGUUCAUGACCAAAGGUUAUACACACCACAUCAGGUGCAGCCUUGCCAGCAGCUUCUGGCACCCCAGCUCUGGCCUGCAGGCUCAGGGAGGGCAGGUGGAGCCAUGGAGGUAGAGUCAGGACUAGAGCUGGGCACCACUGAUAGCGCACAUGGGCUGUAGAGCGACGCCCGCAGGGAAUCAUCAGGAACUUGGGAACACAGGGAACAAGCAUGCCUACCCCACCUGGUCUUUUUUUUUAAUGGGUUUGGCUAAAUUACCCAAAGGGCUGCCCAUCAAAGCAUCAUCAAACAGCUGCUAAUGUUUUGGAGGACACUGCUCCCAUUCUCAAGGUGGGUUUAGCAAUUAUUUCUCCCUAACUCGAGGAACUCUCCCUCUGUCCCCAUGAGACUUGAUGCCACCAAAAAUUCUCUCCUUCCCCUCAUGGGAACAGUGUUGAGUGGCUUUGUACUAGACCAGGCUCCAUGUAGGGGCCCAGCACCCUGCCCCUCGGUGCCCUGCUCACCAAGGAGGCUCUUGGGCUCAGGGUCUCCAUGUGGACCAAUGGAACCACUGCCUUUUAUUCCAAGAUGCUUUGCUCUUUUGAAAUCUUUCCUAAUAUUCAUGUGCACAGAUGGACAGGGAGCCAAAGCCUAGAUGACGUUUUCACAUUAGGCGAUGGAUUUCAACAGAACAUUCUGAAUGAGCAUAUAAGAGACCGCAGAAAUAAUUUUUGAGGCAGAGAAUUGUCAGCCCCAACAGGAGGUGACUUGGAAGUCACCUCCCACUUUGGCAGAACAUCUGUGUGUCCUUUCACUCCCCACAUGUCCUUUGACAAAGGUGCAACCUGCUACCAGAUUCUGGGGGUGAGAGAGGAAUUUUUGAGUUCUUUGUCUUGUUCUUGGGAAAACUGAGUUUUAUCCGUAGUGUAAUAUGAAUCAACCUUCAAGCUCUCCAAUGUGGGAGGCUGUUUCCACGUCACACUUUUAACAGCCUAGCUCUUCCUGUGUUCCGGCUCUUGUGCGUAAAUGCUUUGCUUUUAAUCCUCACGUCAGCUUUCCAGUAACAUCCACAAGAUCCUGCAGUGAGCAACACAACCACUUUUUGUUUCCUGGGGAUUUUGUGUAGAAGUCAUAGUUAUCCUUACUAGAAAUUACUAAUAUUGCAUGAGUUGUCAAAUGAGUAUAGUUUACGUAUCAGAAGAAUCUUGGGUUUGAUUUUGUUCUUUUUUUUUCUUGCAUGUGAAAUUAAAAGCUCACUUUCUAUUACUUGACAUCUAUUAUUUGAUAUACUGUGAAACCAUUUUUGGAUGAUCUAGCAUUCAUUUGGUUCAAAUCUUACAGUAUUUGACAUUCUCCCUCAAGCAAGAUCCUCCCUAUACUGGAUUGAUGAAUACCUUCAAGAAAAAAUGUCAAUUGGCAUUCUGCGUAUAAAACAGCAUUUGUGUGGAUGGAUGGAUAAAUGAUAUUAAUUUUAAUAACAAAGUAUGAUGUUGAAAGUCUGGGCAGGGGGCCUCCCCUGGUGGCGCAGGCGGUUGAGCGCUGCACUGUGAAGCUGUCUCAGAAUCUGCAGCACCGGUUUGAUCCCGGCCGGCCGGGCAAGGGUCCUGCAUGGCGCGGCAGACCUCUCCUGUCGUGCCCGCUGCUCCCUUCAGCAGUGUUUUUCGUCAGUCUGCCCUUUCUGUUCCCUGCUCAGUCUCUGGUGGAUCCUCUCAUUCUCCCGCGAGUCUGGCCUGUA